AUGUCUUUGAGACUUAUGCUGAUUCCUCCAGAUUAUCCUUCACAAAGUAAAUUACUUCGCAAGCAGAAUGGUAAUGGUGGUGGUUAUGGGGCUGGAAGCGGAGGUAGCAAUUGCGGCAGUGGAUAUGGCUCUGUAGGUGGUAAUGGUGGUGGGUCAGGUGGAAGUGGUGGUAGUGGGUCUGGAUUGGGUGGAGGUGGUGGUCCAGGCGGUAAAUAUGGUCCAGGUGGCGGCGGUAAUGGUGGUGGAUGGAAUGGUGGUAGCUAUGGUCCUGGUGCAAGCAGCAGGCAAGGGAGUUGGGGCAGCAGCUAUGGCUAUGGCAGGGGCUGGUGCAGGGCCCUGGCUCAGGAUAUGGCAGCAGUAGUACUGGUCAUGGCAGCGGAGGUAACAACGGAGAAGGGCAGUAUGGAAUCAAUGGUGGGGGCCUAG